AAAACACACAUACACACUCACUAUAUUUGUUCAUUCCUAUCUUUUUUUUAAAUAAAAAAAUGGGAACCACAUGCCAAGAAACUCCACCACUUCUUCAAGACUUGAAGGUGACAAUUCACAAAACUUCAAUGAUUUUUCCAUCAAAACAAACAGAGAGACAAUCCUUGUUCUUAUCAAACAUAGACAAAGUCCUCAAUUUCAACGUCGAAACAAUUCAUUUCUUCGAAGCAAACAAAGAUUUUCCUCCUCAAAUUGUGGUAGAGAAGUUAAAGAAAGCUCUAGAAGAUGUUCUAGUGGUUUAUGACUUCCUUGCUGGAAGAUUAAAGAUGAAUUCUGAAACCAAUAGGUUGGAGAUAGAUUGCAAUGCAGAAGGUGCUGGCUUUGUAGUGGCUUCUAGUGAUUACAAAUUGGAUCAAAUUGGAGACUUGACUUAUCCUAAUCCAGCUUUUGAACAAUUUGUUCAUAAGACUAAAGAUUUCCUUAAGCUAGGUGAUCUUCCACUUUGUGUUUUCCAGCUAACAUCCUUCAAGUGUGGUGGUUUCACAAUUGGAAUCACAACUAGCCAUGCAACCUUUGAUGGGCUUAGCUUUAAAACAUUCUUAGACAACCUUGCUUCAUUGGCUGCUAACAAACAACUGGCUGUGAUACCUUUCAAUGAAAGACAGUUCCUAGCCGCACGAUCCCCUCCACGUGUCAAGUUCCCUCAUCCCGAGAUGAUCAAGCUGAAUAAUCUCCCUUCAGGCAUUGAAUCUGGUGUUUUUGAAACCUCCUCAGAAGAACUUGACUUCAAGAUCUUUAGACUAUCCUCUAAUAAUAUCAAAAACCUAAAAGAAAAGGCAAAGGAUAGUAGCACCGCACGUGUGACCGGUUUUAAUGUCGUAGCGGCACUUCUAUGGAGAUGCAAGGCAUUAUCUGGACCGUCCGAUCCUGACAGGUCAUCAACUAUACUAUAUGCCGUUGAUAUACGUUCCAGAUUGAAUCCUCCGUUGCCGAAAUCGUACGUUGGAAAUGCUGUUUUAACGGCUUACGCGACAGCGAAAUGCGAGGAAUUAGAGAAAGGGAAAUUCUCGAGAUUGGUGGAGAUGGUUUGUGAGGGGUCAAUAAGAAUGAAUGAUGAGUAUGCAAGGUCUAUUAUUGAUUGGGGAGAGUUGUAUGAUGGUUUUCCUAAUGGGGAAGUUUUGGUGUCUUCUUGGUGGAGGUUAGGCUUUGAAGAGGUUCAAUAUCCAUGGGGGAAGCCUAAAUAUUGUUGUCCUAUGGUCUAUCAUAGGAAGGACAUUAUACUAUUAUUUCCUCCUUUUCAUGAAGGUGAUGCUCGUGAUGAUGGGGUAAAUAUUAUAGUGGCUCUUCCUCCUAAGGAAAUGGACAAAUUUCAAACUCUCUUUCACAACUUCUUGAUUUCAUAAUACUAUAUGUAUCUUUUUAUACUACUUUCACUAUGAAGGAAAUACAAAGAAAAAUCUAAUUAAAAAGUUAACGUAUUUAGUCUUA